GUGUGAGAGUGUGUGUGUGUGAGAGUGACGGCGAUGGCCGGCGCGUGUCCCGCUCCGCCGCUCUGGUAUCACCGGGAUCUGAGUCGCGCGGCGGCGGAGGAGCUGCUGGCUCGGGCCGGGAGGGACGGGAGCUUCCUGCUGCGGGACAGCGAGAGCGUCAGCGGCGCCUACGCCUUAUGCGUGCUGUUUCAGAAACAUGUUCACACAUACAGGAUCCUGCCUGAUGAGGAGAACUUCCUGGCGGUGCAGACGUCUCAGGGUGUUCAGCCCAAGCGCUUCAAGACUCUUCCUGAGUUGAUUCAGUUGUAUCUGCAGCCCAGUCAAGGCCUGGUGACCACACUGCUGUUUCCAGUGGAGAGAGAGGAAACCACAGAGGAGAGAGAUUACUCUGAUGGUGAAGAUGAGAAGCCGCCCCUCCCUCCACGCACCGCCUCCACCAGCAGCCCCGCAGGCUCCGCCCUCAUCAGUCCAGACACGCCCCCUGAUAACGUGACGGCGUCGAACGGCCUGAGCACCAUCUCUCACGAGUAUCUGAAGAGCAGCUACGCUCUGGAUCUGGAGGCUGUCAAGCAGGGAGCAAACAGCCUUCCUCACCUCAACAAGACGCUGGUGGCGUCCUGCAAACGCCUGCAUGGGGAGGUGGAUAAGGUCCUGUGCGGUCUGGAGAUCCUGUCGAAGGUCUUUGAUCAGCAGAGCGCCUCCAUGGUGUCCAGAAUGAUCCAGCAGACCAUGUCUCAGGGUGGAGAUCAAGAGCUGGAGCAUCUGGUCACUAAACUGGCCAUCCUCAAAGAUCUGCUGUCAUCUAUAGAGAAGAAGGCUCUGAAGGCUCUUCAGGACAUGAGCUCAUCUACUCCGAACAUCUCACCGCUGCUGUCCAUCAGACACAAAGCUAUUCCUGUGCAGACCUUCGAGGUGAAACUGGACGUGUAUCUGGCCGACCUGACGAAGAUCGGGAAGAGCCAGAAAUACUCACUGAGUGUGGACGUGGAGGGAGGAAAACUGGUGGUGAUGAAGAAGAUGAAGGACGCACAGGAAGACUGGAACACGUUCACACACGACAAGAUUCGGCAGCUGAUAAAGUCUCAGCGUGUUCAGAAUAAACUCGGAAUCGUCUUUGAGAAGGAAAAAGACAAAAGCCAGAGGAAAGAUUUCAUCUUUGCCAGUGCAAAAAAAAGGGAAGCAUUCUGCCAACUGCUGCAGCUCAUGAAGAACAAACAUUCCAAUCAGGACGAGCCCGACAUGAUCUCCAUCUUCAUCGGAACAUGGAACAUGGGCGGUGUUCCUGCUCCGAAGUCGAUGGGAUCGUGGAUUUUAUCCCGAGGUUUGGGGAAGACUCUGGAUGAGAUGGCGGUGACGAUCCCUCAUGACAUCUAUGUGUUGGGGACGCAGGAGAACUCGGUGUGUGAUAAGGAGUGGGUGGAGACGCUCCGCUGCGCCCUCAAAGACUACACCGAGAUCGACUACAAACCCAUCGCAGUGCAGACACUGUGGAACAUUAAGAUCGUGGUGUUAGUGAAGGCCGAACACGAGAACCGCAUCAGUCACGUGGGAAUGUCCAGCGUCAAAACGGGAAUCGCCAACACGCUCGCUUUCGUCUCUCAGAUGCGGACCAACGUUCCUUCAUGGUGUGACAGAAUCCUCUGGAAAUCCUAUCCGGAGACACACAUCAUGUGUAACUCUUACGGCUGUACAGAUGAUAUCGUCACCAGCGAUCACUCGCCGGUCUUCGGCACGUUUGAGGUGGGCGUCACGUCUCAGUUCGUCUCUAAGAAAGGUCUGCCCAAGUCUUCAGAACAGGCCUACAUCGAGUUUGAGAACAUCGAAGCCAUCGUCAAGACGGCCAGCAGAACCAAGUUCUUCAUUGAGUUUUACUCGACGUGUCUGGAGGGUAAGAAACCAAAUUGUGUGUGUGUGUGGUCUUCAGAGUGGAUCAGUGUGGAUAAGGACGAGACAGGUGGACCCAAAGGCAGGACUCUUCCUCCUCGAGCCGGACACGACUAUGUCAAAACGUCCACCAGCAGGAAGUUGGGGUCAGCUGACCUCGGGAAGGUCUCAGAGGAAGGAGAGAAAAGCGUCACGGGACGACAUCCACACACACACUCCUGUAAAGAGGAGAGCACGCAGAACAGGAUUUCUCCGCGCUCCAUACAGGAGGAGAGCAUCGCAGAAGACCUGCCCGAGGAGGGCCUGUGGCGUGACGAGAGCAGCAGCAGCAGUCUUUCGGUGGAGUGCAACGUCGGCGAGUGGCUUCAGAAGCUCGGUCUGCAGCGUUACGAGGAGGGACUGCUGCACAACGGCUGGGACGACCUGGAGUUCCUCAGUGACAUCACAGAGGAGGAUCUGGAGGAGGCGGGCGUUCAUGACCCCGCCCACAAGAAAAUACUAUUGGCCAGCUUAAAGCAACAGCAGCAGCAGAAAUGAGCCGAUCCAGACCGGACUGAACCGAGAGAAACUUUGCACUGGUAGACAAAGUGGUUUUAAUUUAAUCCGAUGUAAUAAAGCUGGUUGUUUUAGUUGGUAAUAUUAUUUAAACAUGUCAGAAAGGACGACUUCUGGAGGAAGUGAGUCAUCGGAACAUUCCUCACCUUUGGUGACUGAAGUGUUAAUUAUGAACGGUUUGUUUUUCUUGCAUGUUUUAUGAGUUUAAAGGAAAGGGAAAAGCCCAAAUCAGCAGCUCACCGUGUAGGAGAUCAGUCGGUUUGUCAGGAAUCUUCAUCAGGUUUGUAACAGCAGGUGGCGCUGGAUGAUCAGGCUUCAUCUGACUGCUGCAGAUACAGAUGUGAAUCUUUGUUCGUUCGUUCGUUCAAAUGCAGUCUGAUUCGUUCAUUCAAGAUGUGAUGAGUUCACACCCUGCUGCAGAUUCAGUGUUUGUGUCUUUCAGAGGAGCUUCAGUUUGGGAAGCUGGAGUCUGACCUCGUUCUGUAAUGCAUCACCGCUGUAGUCUUUAGCAGGAAAACUGUUCGUUUUAUUUAACAGAGUCUUUAAUAUUAUCAUCAUUGUGGUGUUUCUCCUGAAAUGCAUGUAUAUGUUCUUGCAUAUGUGUUCUGUGUAUUACGUUUUAACUUUAUAUGUUUCUCGCCCGUCAUUCAUAAUCAUAAUCCUUUGAAUAUAAAUAACU